AUGGAAAACGUCCCACAAGGUUUUGCGAGUAAUUCGUGUAAUAUAUCUGGAACAUUUCAGGGUCGCAAUCCCGCAGGAAUGACAAGUGCUGGUUUCAUGCAGAUAAGUGGAGCUGCUGGAGAUCGGGUCGUCACCACCACAGCCUCCACGUCGACUGCGGCAGGUAGCGGCAGGGCUUACAUGCAUCACCCUGGAGCUGCCACAGCCCACUUCGCCUACGUCAAUUCCCGUCCCGAUUGCCGGUUCUUGCAACCCUCGGUGUCCGCUACGACCACGGGCUCCAUGGGUCUGCCGACGGCCAGCAGUCCACCGGGAAUCUCACCCGUGGCCGAUGAUCAGACAAGAACUCUCAGAUCAACACCGACCUUUCAGUUCAACGGUAUGAGCAUGGAGCUGCACCCUGGCCAGCAGCCUCAACGGUUCGACCUGAGUGGAACGGGGGCAGGAGCCCACAUACGCUACCCGUCGCCCAUGGGUAGCGCUGCGGCAGCCAUGUACAAUGCUGCCGCCACGGCCCCACCUCCUCAUCCUCACCAGCAACAUCUUUCUUAUUUCAACUAUCCUUCAUACCCAACCUCUGCUGCCACAUACCCUUUCAACAUGGCAGGUGAUGCCCAUCACACGCCGAGCUGGAUGUUUGCCCUGGCCGCCCUGCCCCGGCGGACAAAGCGACGACCAUACACCAAGCUGCAGAUCUUCGAACUGGAGAAGGAAUUCCAGGCGCAUCAGUACCUGACACGUGACCGAAGGGCCAGGCUUUCACAAUCACUUAGCCUAUCAGAGAGACAGGUCAAAAUCUGGUUCCAGAAUCGACGGAUGAAGCAGAAGAAGAUGAACGAACGGGAGAAGAGAACGGGCUCGAGCACUGGACCCAAAUCCUCUGACAAAUCUUCAGGAUCCAACUGACCCCCCUCCCUCCUCCAAAUCAGUUUGUCGAAGAAGAAAAAAACAACUCACGAUGGGGAUGUUUGCCUUCUCUAUCUUGCACGGGAAAAUGAAGUCGUGUUGCAUUUGGUCUGCUAGUUUGGUGCUUGUUCUUUCAAUCUUGAAAAUAAAGUGAUCAAAGUGAUGUGCCACUUUUGCGCAAGCAGACACGUUGUUCAACAUUAGUAUUUCAUUUCUAUAUGUGAUAAAACCUCGCACGAAGUGUAUUCUUAAUUCUGGUUUACAGAGAGGAUCCGACCUAGGCCCCGUCUUACAAAAUGUUGAU